AGCCAAUAUCGAAUGCAAAAGUCAAUGUCGAAUACGAAAACCAAUUUUAAAUGCGAAAGCCAAUGUCAAAUGCGAAAGCCAAUGUCAAAUGCAAAGCAAUAUCAAAUGCGAAAGCCAAUAUCAAAUGUGAAAGCCAAUGUCAAAUGCGAAAGCCAAUGUCGAAUGUGA